AUGUCAUUAGCUGAAUUCAGAUCCAGAAUUUGUGAUAGUAUGAACGUUCCACAAAGAAAGUUGAUGUGUUUCCAAGCAAACCCAACUGCUGAAUCAUUAGAGAAAUUUCCAGAUUUAGGAUCAUUAUGGGUUGAAUUCUGUGAUGAAGCUUCGGUUGGUAUUAAAACCAUGAGAAACUUCUGUAUCCACAUUAGUGAAAAGAACUUCAGUACAGGUAUCUUCAUUUAUCAAUCAUCCAUUACUCCAAGUGCCAACAAGUUGAUUCCUACUGUGUCACCAGCGUCGAUUGAGACUUUCCAGGAAGGUGAUUUAGUGGUCAAUAUUACCCAUCACGAGUUGGUUCCAAAGCAUAUCAAGUUAGCCAGAGACGAGAAGAAAGAAUUGUUAGAGAGAUAUAGAUUGAAGGAAUCACAAUUACCUAGAAUCCAAAGAGAAGACCCAGUUGCCAGGUACUUGGGAUUGAAGAGAGGUGAAGUAGUCAAAAUCAUUAGGAGAUCUGAAACUUCGGGUCGUUACGCUUCCUAUAGAAUUUGUUUGUAA